AAAUUCUGACUUUAAGUUAUCUGUGUGCUUCAGAGAUUUGGGCAGGAGAAGGGGAGGAGCCCAGCGUCUCUGAACCCCUCUGUUACCCGUGUGGACCAUGGAACAGUGAAAAAUAAAUGUUCCUGGUUCACGACUCCAACAGCACAGAAGGGCGGCUGUUCUUCAUCCUGGAGCUUCCCUGCAGAACCAAGCAUAUGUAUAUAUAUUCCAGCAUAAACGGGCUCAUCCUACAAGGAUGCUUUGAAGGUCCAAGAAGCACUAUCCACUCCAUGGGUGAGACCAGACAGUGAAGCUCUUCCCGCCUAGAGAAUUACUUUUUGGGUUUAAAACUGCCUUGGAAAUGCGUGAAACCAUUGCAUUUCCUAAAGCCCAAAGCCUCGGAAGGUCCGAGUGUGACUGACCUUGCGGGGGGCCAGGAACAGCUCUGCAGGCAGGGUUGGUGCAGGAAGGGAAGGGGCAGGGCUCUGGGGGUGGUCUGAAGCCCGAGGCGUCCGCGGAAUGGGCCGGGUGUGUGCCUGGGGCGGACCCCGCCCAUAACCCCCGCCCAUGCCUGCGCCGCCAAGCCAGGUGCUGGCUUGAGGAGGGGCCUCCUGGACCACCUGCGGUCGCGGGGAGCCGCGGGCGUGAGGGCGGGUUGGCCGGUAGAGGCAGGCGCGGCAUCCAAUGGGCUCGGGGCACCACCCUCCCCGACCAGUCACCGCGUGGGGGUGGAGCUACCUCUGCGGGAGGACCCGGAGCUGCCCGGGGGUUGCAGAGGUCUGGCAGCUGGGCCCGCUCCCAGAGAGUUCACCUGUGGCGUUCCCGGCUGGAAACCGGAGCAGGUUUGCAGGCCAUAGGUCGGAGGUGCCUUCUCAUCCCCACCCGACAGCACUUCUCUGCUCUGGCUCCAGGAGACCUGAAGUUCUGAACAUCAGCAUGUGAGUCAGUGAUGCAGCUUGUCACAGGAUGUCAGCGUUCAGAGAAAGCAGCAGGUCCAUUUGGCACAGUGUCAUCAUCAUGUCAGGACAGGAGGGAACCGCUGAAAGUGUGAGUUCGCUGGGAUGGGCAUGCCGCGUUCUCCUGCUGUGAAUCCUUUCCGGAGUUCCAAACGGCGGGCUUUCUUUCUGGGUGGAAGGGUCCUGAAACACUCUGUGGCCGCCACCUAUGAGGAGCAGGGCCCAGGCCCUGGGUACCGCAUGGAGCUGUCCAUCUUCUAUGUGGUCUACUUCAUGGUCUUCCCCUUCUUCUUCGUCAACAUCUUUGUGGCCUUGAUCAUCAUCACCUUCGAGGAGCAGGUGAUGUCUGAAUGCAGCCUGGAGAAGAACGAGAUGUUGAGCCCCUUUGUGGCCGUGAUCAUGGACAAUUUUGAGUACCUUACACGGGACUCUUCCAUCCUAGGGCCUCACCACCUGGACGAGUUCAUCCGGGUCUGGGCUGAGUACGACCCGGCCGCGUGUGGGCGCAUCAGGUACAAUGACAUGUUUGAGAUGCUGAAACACAUGUCCCCACCCCUGGGGCUGGGGGAGAAAUGCCAUGCUCGAGUUGCAUACAAGCGCCUGGUUCGCAUGAACAUGCCCAUCUCCAAUGAGGACAUGACCGUCCACUUCACGUCCACGCUGAUGGCCCUCAUUCGGACUGCACUGGAGAUUGAGCUGGCUCCAGCCGGCACCAAGCAGCAUCAGUGUGAUGCAGAGUUGAGGAAGGAGAUUUCCUCUGUGUGGGCCAAUCUGCCCCAGAAGACCCUGGAUUUACUGGUGCCACCCCAUAAACCCGAUGAGAUGACCGUAGGAAAGGUGUAUGCAGCUCUGAUGAUACUUGACUUCUACAAACAGAACAAGACCCCCAGAGACCAGAUUCACCAGGCCACGGGAGGCCUGUCCCAGAUGGGCCCUGUGUCCCUGUUCCACCCUCUGAAGGCCACGCUGGAGCAGACACAGCCGGCUGUGCUCCGAGGAGCCCGGGUUUUCCUUCGGCAGAAGAGCUCUGCGUCCCUCAGCAACGGCGGGGCCGUGUCAGUACCUGGCCAGGGUGUGAGGUGCACGGAGGAGCCUGGUUGUGGGUCUUGGACUGUUAAUCAGGCUGUGGACGUCCAGAUGCAGAGCAUGGCCCUGAGAGGUCCGGACGGGGAGCCCCAACCCGGACUGGAGAGCCAGGGACGCGCGGCCUCCAUGCCUCGCCCGGCUGCAGAGACUCAGCCGGCCCCCAACGCCAGCCCCAUGAAGUGCUCCAUCUCCACACUGGCGCCCCAGCGUCCCCACGUGGCUCAUCUCUGCAGCGCUGCCCUGGACCGUGCCCCAGCCAGCCAGGCUGCGCCCCAUCACCACCACCGCUGCCAUCGCCGCAGGGAGAGGAAGCAGAAGUCCUUGGAGAAGGGGCCCAGCCUGUCCGCAGACACAGAUGGCGCACCCAGCAGUGCUGCAGGGCCAGGCCCACCCCCACAAGAGGGGCCCACAGGCUGCCGGACGGAGCGCAGACAGGAGCGGGGCCGGUCCCAAGAGCGGAGGCAGCCCUCUUCCUCUUCCUCGGAGAAGCAGCGUUUCUACUCCUGUGACCGCUUUGGGGGCCGGGAGCCCUCGCAGCCCAAACCCUCCCUCAGCAGCCACCCCACGUCACCAACAGCUGGGCAGGAGCCAGGACCCCCAAGACCGGGUGGUGGUUCAGUGAAUGGGAGCCCCUUGUUGUCAACAUCCGGUGCUAGCACCCCUGGCCGUGGUGGGCGGAGGCAGCUCCCCCAGACUUCGCUGACCCCCCUUCCCAGUGUCACCUACAAGAUGGCCACUUCGCUUGUCCACUUUGCUGGGGCACAGACCAGCCUCCCCACCUUUUCCCCGGGCCGGCCUAGCCGUGGCCUUUCCGAACACAACGCUCUGCUCCAGAGAGACCCCCUCAGCCAGCCCCUCGCCGCCGGCUCUAGGAUCGGCUCUGACCCUUACUUGGGGCAGCGUCUGGACAGUGAGGACACUGCCCGCACCCAGCCUGAGGACACGCUUACCUUCAAGGAGGCUGUGGCCACCAACUCAGGCCGCUCCUCCCGGACUUCCUAUGUGUCCUCCCUGACCUCCCAGUCGCACCCCCUCCGCCGCAUGCCCAACAGCUACCACUGCACUCUGGGGCUCAGCUCGGGCGGCCGGGUUCAGCAUAGCUACCACCACCCCGACCAAGACCACUGGUGCUAGCCGCACCUCCGCUUCACGCCUGCUCAGUGGGCGCGUUCCAGCCGAUGAGUUUUAUCAUCCACGCUGGGCUCCCAGGGAUGCGCAGGGGCACUGAGGCAGGGGCAGCAGCCCCUGGUUGGAGCGACCCCGCCUUUGGGGCCAGCUGAGGGGAGGCCCCGUGGCUCCCCCCCACCCCCCCGCCCCCACCUUCUCUUUCACGCUGGACCAAUUCCUAAAGCCCUUUCGGAGAGGGACGUGGCUCUCUCUGUCCCCUUGUAUGCUGCCUGCCUGGGUCUCGUGCCACAGACCCUACACGGGAAGUCACUGCAUGUGCUGAGUGGGACCCUGUCAGUCUGAAUCCUGUGUGAUGGCUCCCAGCGUCUGGGGGGUGUGCCUAGGCCACUUUUAGGAGGUCUGGAUCUGGUAGAGACCAUCCUUUAUCCACGUGUGUGGUACGGAGCCCGGCAUGUUUACACGCCUGGCCAGAUAAGACAGAGUGGAUGGUCAACAGCAGUAACCUCAGGAGCCCGGCCUGUGGCUCCGUGCAUUCUUGUCGGCGCCCACAAACACAAACACAUCCAGCGUGGCUCUUUGUACUGAAACAGCAGGUGGACACCAGAAAUACACUCACACACACUCUGUCCUCUCCCAGAUGCUGUCAACCUUGACAGGGACCAAAUCUGGAAAACAUUCUUGCUGUUGGUUUUGGUUUUUAAUCGAAACACCCUUCCCUCUUUUGUCAAUUCCAUAUACUUGAUCUAGAAAGAAGAGAAAAACAGAAAAAUGGGGAAGGAAAUAGUAACAGAACUUAAAAAAAAUCCAACCUGUAGGAA